AUCCACCCCAGGCUAUCGGGGCAUCCAUACCUACAAACAGCCACUUCCCCCGGGUCCCCACGCGGGGCAGCGGCGGAGGGGUGCGGUAUGGCCGCCGGGCCGAGGCGUGCCCCGGAGCCCCGCCGCCCCCUCCCUGGCACGGCGGCUCCGGGAGCCCUGCCCUGGCACCCCGUACCUGGCCCCACCCUGGCCCUCUUGGCCGGGAACGGCCCGGCAAAGGAAAAGACGCGGGGGGGGGGGUGUCGGAGGAGGAUUAGGGCAGGAGGGCUCAGCCGUCCGCCAGGAAUUGGGGAAGGAGGUAAAAGAGCUGCUAGGAGGCGGCUCUGCCCUCGCUCAGAGCCUUGCGAGUGUGGCCACCAAGGGCUGGUGGCGAAGGGGCCCCGAGACACCCCAGAUGCGAGAUGCUCCACGCCCUGAGCAGCUGGAGGAGCAACUGUGCGUGCGCUGCGGAGGGCCGCCGAAUCAUGUCGAUGAGCCCAAAGCAUACGACUCCUUUCUCAGUGUCUGACAUCUUGAGUCCUUUGGAGGAAAGCUACAAGAAAGUGGGCAUGGAGGGCAGUAACUUGGGGGCUCCCUUGUCAGCCUACAGACAGUCUCAGGUUUCUCAGCCGGCCAUGCAGCAGCACCCCAUGGGCCACAACGGAACAGUGACUGCCGCCUACCAUAUGACAGCGGCAGGGGUCCCCCAGCUCUCCCAUGCUACGAUGGGGGGCUACUGCAAUGGGAACCUGGGCAACAUGAGCGAACUCCCGCCUUACCAGGACACCAUGCGGAACAGCGCUUCGGCGACAGGAUGGUACGGCACCAACCCGGACCCCCGCUUCUCCUCAAUCUCCCGCUUCAUGGCGCCGUCCUCGGGCAUGAACAUGGGCGGCAUGGGCAGCCUCGGCUCUCUGGGAGACGUGAGCAAGAGCAUGGCCCCGCUCCAGAGCACACCGCGGAGGAAACGGAGGGUCCUUUUUUCCCAGGCCCAGGUUUACGAGCUGGAGAGACGUUUCAAGCAGCAAAAAUACCUCUCCGCCCCGGAGAGGGAACAUUUAGCCAGCAUGAUACAUCUCACCCCGACUCAGGUCAAAAUCUGGUUCCAGAACCACCGUUACAAGAUGAAACGCCAGGCCAAAGACAAGGCUGCGCAGCAGCAGAUGCAACAGGAGAACGGCUCUUGCCAGCAGCAGCAGUCUCCCAGAAGGGUGGCGGUGCCAGUGCUUGUAAAGGAUGGCAAGCCCUGCCAAGCAGGCUCCAACACACCCACAGCAGCUAUCCAGAGCCAUCAGCAGCAGGCAGCUACAACGAUCACAGUGGCUACCAAUGGCAACAGCCUCGGACAGCAUCAGAGCCACCAGACAAACAGUGCGGGGCAGUCUCCAGACAUGGGACAGCACUCGGCCAGCCCUUCCUCUCUGCAGAGCCAAGUCUCCAGUUUGUCUCACCUAAACUCUUCUACUUCUGACUAUGGCACUGCCAUGUCUUGCUCCACCUUGCUAUACGGUAGGACCUGGUGAAAGGAUUAAACAAAGCAAAAAAAAAAAAAAAGCAAAAAAAAAAAAGCGCAGAUUUUCCCAGUCACACAAAUCUCUGUCCUGUCCAAACUACUGGGUGUUUUUCUUUUCCUUUUUUUUUUUCUUUCUUUUUUAAUGCUUCCCCCCCCUCCCCCCGUUUUACUGAGUGGUUCUCUGAGAACCUCUGAGAGAGAGAGAGAGAGAGACUUUUUAUCGUUCGGUUUUGUUGUCAUUCUUGAUGGUUUUGGGUCUUUCUUUUUUCUUUUUUUUUUCCCAAGGUUGUUGUAUGGGGUGUUAAAAAAAAUAUAUGACUAAUAACCACGGAGCAGUCUGCAGAAAGGGGACCGUCGUUAGGAAUGGUCCGAAGGCUUGGAUUUCAGAUGUACACUUUGCCAGCGUCUAGGACUUGCAUGUAAAUAUAGAGAUUUUGGGGGAUGGGGUGGUUUUCCCCCCCAAAAAAAAACGCAUUCGCGUCACCCAGACACAAGAAGCAGCUUCCCCCCUCCCCCGGUCUCCUCUCCCAGCCCCGCCGCCAGGGCCAGCGGAUGGAGACGUGGAGUCAUCAAAGGCUUGGCUUUUAUUUUCCUUCUUACGUUUGAUGUGAACCUGUAGCUGUAUAAUGCUGUCAAAAGUUGGACUAAACCCAUAGUUUUUAGUAGCCUGUAUAUUUUGUUGUAAAAAGAAAAAGAAAAAAAAUACAAUCAACCAAACCAACCCCCACCUUUUUUAUGGACACUGAUCGCCCCGUCGUAAAUCCUCUGGCAGUUUGUUAUUUGCGCACGCCGCCUUUUCCUGUUGUAACUUAUGUAGAUAUUUGGCUUAAAUAUAGUUCCUAAGAAGCUUCUAAUAAAUUAUACACAUUAUGAAUAUUCUUUUUUUUAUUUCCUUUUGGUUUCCCCUCCCGACCCUCCCUUCCCCGCAUCUCUUUUUUUUUUCCCUCUCUCUUUUUUUUUUUUUUUCCUUUUAAUGGAAAAACAACCCGGGAUGCUGCCAAACUGCUGCCCCUCCCAGGGCCCGGACCCUGUUCCCAGAGGGGAACUGCGCCAGGGAGUUAACGGGAUACGGGAUCAGUCCUCAGCGUGCAAAAGUGACAAGCGAACGCGUGGGAUUCACAAACUCGAGGGCGAAGGGAUCGAGUCCAAAUUCAUUAGCCCGAUUAUUGGGGGGGCGGGGGGCACCUCAGAGACUUCUUGUUAGAGAAAGCAAAGUAUUCCGGGAGUAGAAAUUCAAAUGCCAAAGGCACGGAGGAGAAAGAAGGUAAAAGCCUAACGCCACUAGAAACAAAUUAACGAAGAAUCUGCUGACAGUAUAGAACAUGCGGCCGAUUUAAAGAGCGUCCAGUUUUAAUACCUUGUAAAAAAAAAAAAAGAUAAUUUCUACCAGGUUUUCCUAUGUACUUGUAUUUUAAGGGAAGUACAGUCACCUUAUUUAUAAUCAAAAUAAAAAGAUAGUUUAUUGUGUACGACACGUAGUUUGAAUUAACUUUCUUUAUCAGACUGUAUUUAAUUUUCUACACAUACCCACCUCCGCAAGCACACAGACGACCACGCAGUUUCUCCUGCACAUGUCCACCUCGUUACCCGGGCGAGAGGUUAGCUGCAGGCUGUAUCUCAGUUUAACGUAGAUUUUUCUGUAGUGGUUUGGGAAGCUUGUAAAGAAGGAGAUUAAAAGAAAGUGCGUGUGCGCGCACGUGUGUGUUGUGCGUGGGUGUGCGUGGGUGCGCGGACUGCGCGCCUCGCUGAGACACCGAGGGGCGGUUGGUAGGAAGGCAAAUAUUAUGGGUAACGCAACGCAUUUAGAUAUUAACUUUGCUGUAAAUAUAUAUAAAGCAUAUCAAGCUAAGCAGCUCGUAUCGGACAAGCCCGAAAUACAUGUAAUUCGCUCUUUCGGGUUCCAAAUAUCCCUCUUGUGAGUGUAACAAAAUAACAAUUCCCCCAUCCUAAAAGACCUCGUAGCGUGUUUUCCUUCGCAUCUCCUGCUCGGUUUCGGUUUUUUCCUCCAGAUCCCCUCAGCUAAACCACAGAAGUGAAUUGCAGUCAUUGAAAGACUUCUGAAUUACAGAGGUGUUAUGAAAUGCUCCUAUUUUUUAAGAGAAAGAAAGUAGUUUGCCCGGGAUGGAAACAACCCAACCUCCAGUUUAAGUAGCAGCUUUCGAAAGCUCCAGUCUUUUAUUUAUACAAGAUAGUCGGUGUUAUUCGAACACCAAGUACCAGUUUGGAUGGAGAAAAAGGGAAAAAAAAAAUUAUCGGAUUCUUUCUGCCUCCCCCUCCCCUUAUUUCUAACUAGAGGACAUCACGUGUGUCAACAGGAAUUUCGAGACCUUUCAUUCUUUAUAUUAUGUCUUGCUUUAUACAGCGACAUUCUCAACUAACCCAAAGAAUAUUCCUUUUUUUUUUCUUUUUUUUUUUUUCUUUUUCUUUCUCUACGCAGAAUAUUCGU